AUUCUCCCUCGUCCAGGACCCUUACCGACACCUCCACGCGCGCGACGACGACGAUGACGACGAUGACGAUGACGAGCUCGACGGCGUCAAGUUCUGGGUGUUUAUUGCAAUCUCGGUGACCCUUGUUUUGCUCGGUGGUGUCUUUGCCGGUAUGUCGCGAAUAUGUCCCCUGCAUAGCUGCGUCUCGUUGAUCUCUUAAGGGUCCUUUUUCUGAUAAUCUAAUUUUUUUUCUCGCGAUAGGACUCACUCUUGGCCUUAUGGGACAGGAUGAAGUAUACCUCCAAGUCAUCACGGAAACCGGAACCUCCUCAGAGCGCCACAACGCCCAGCGUGUUCUCGGCCUGCUCAAAAAGGGCAAGCACUGGGUCCUCGUAACCAUGCUUCUCUCCAACGUCAUCACAAACGAGACCCUACCUAUCGUGCUCGACCGCUGUCUCGGCGGUGGCUGGCCGGCCGUCGUCUCGUCGACUAUCUUGAUUGUCAUCUUUGGCGAGGUCAUUCCCCAGUCUGUAUCGGUCCGGUACGGUCUUUCUAUCGGUGCUCUGUUUACGCCGUUUGUCAUGUUCCUUAUGUAUGCGAUGUAUCCUGUUGCGUACCCUACCGCUCUACUGUUAGAUCGCGUUUUAGGAGAAGACCACGGCACCGUAUACCGAAAAGCGCAGCUCAAGUCUCUUGUCUCGCUCCAUCGCUCAAUGGGAUCCGAGCGCCUGAAUAGAGACGAGGUCACCAUCAUCUCUGCCGUUCUGGAUCUCAACGAAAAACCCGUCGGCACAAUCAUGACUCCCAUCCAGGACGUCUACACCAUGAGUGCCGACCGCAUUCUCGACGAGGCAGCUGUCGAGGAGAUUCUCAAGGCCGGAUACUCUCGUAUUCCAAUCCAUACCCCCGACGAGCCCUACAACUUCAUCGGCAUGCUCCUCGUGCGUAUCCUCAUCUCAUACGACCCCGAAGACGCGCAGCCCGUGUCUUCGUUCCCGCUCGCCACGCUUCCGGAAACUAGACCGGAUACGACAUGUUUGAACGUUCUCAAUUACUUUCAGGAAGGAAAGUCGCAUAUGAUGCUUGUGUCUGACGCGCCGGGCGAGGCAUACGGCGCGUUGGGUGUCUUGACACUCGAGGAUGUCAUCGAAGAACUGAUUGGCGAAGAGAUCGUCGACGAGUCUGACGUUUACAUUGAUAUCUCGCAGGGUAUCCGUCGGAAAUACGUCUCGCCGUUAACCCGUCGCACUCUUCCUUCUCAGUUUGUCGCACAGCACCAGCACAACUCUGUGAUUGUUGGAAACAACAGCAGUAACGAAUUAGGAAGCUCAGGCCAUUCGACCUCUCACUUACCUUUGAACAACAACAACGAUCGAUCAGAUCCGCUUGUGCAAUCUCUCAUUUCCGCUAUUGCUACCCCGCAGUCUUCGAGCAGUAAUACGCCCGUUGGAACUGUUGCCGUUACGAAACCAGCCCAUCCCAACAUCAACCAGAUGCCAAAGAUGGAGCCUCUCAACCUUGCUAUGAGACCCAAGCAGACUGCAAACUCUCGAGUCAAGAUCAAGCGCGGUGCAAUGGAAGAUUACGUCCGCCGGACGUCUUUGGAUGCCAACCGCCCGAAUACCAACUCUUCCAGAUACUCUGGUCCUAGCAACACCGAUUUUGGUGUCAUCCACGAGAGCGAAAGCGCCGCAUUGCUCGACGGACCCCCCGAGCCUCCUAGCGAUCCGUUCAACAGCUCGUCGCGCCGCGCAUCCAGUUCAGGAUCGAGCACGACGAAGAACGGUCCCCAGCGCCGUCCGUCGUUUAUUGAGCUCAAUCAUCUCGAUAGCCGCUCAAACAGCUUCAACAACGCGGGAUACGAACGAGUCAAUACGACAACGCCGGGAUCCGUCAUCAGCGAACCUGCUAGCGCAACCUCGACCUCAAGAUUGCUGGACGGCUCGGAGUAUCCUACCUUCGAAGCCGGCUGGCCUAACAGCAGUAACAGCGAAUUCCACGCCAGCGGUAUCAUGGAGUCUGUACGUGAGGUGCAUGGAUAUAAGAAGACGAUUAUUCAGUCGAUGCCGAUGCAGGACGCUAUCUCCUCAGGCGAGGAUUCAGAAGACGACGGCGGCAGUGACGAGAGCUCCGGUGGAUCGAGUCGCGGCAAUCACCAUCACCACCACCAGCAUCGAAAAGACCAUCGUAGCAAUAGCAAUAAUCCGUCGGACCUGGAGCGAGGCGAGGUCGACGAACACGGUGACUCGAUUACUUCGUACCGGAAAAAGAAAAACGGCAAGUCGAGUCGGAAAGGAAGCUUUUUCUCCGUGUCUUAGACAAGCCGGACUUUGUGACUUGGCGCGGGGGAUAAAUGAAUGUUUAGCGAGACGGUCUGUGUUUUUGGUAUAACUAUUCUUUGUGAAGUUUGAGAUGAUGGUUUUCUUCAUUUUGACGUGGUGG